AUGUACAAGAUCUUCCUAUUUGCUGCUGUUCUCGCGGUUGCCGUAGCGCGACCUCAAGAAGGCCACGGUCACGACCACCACCACGGCCACGCCUCCUCCUCACAGAGCAUCAAGCAGCACCACGGACAUGGCACAGAGAAACACGUCGAGUACUAUCCACAGUCUCACCCUAAGUACGAGUUCGCGUACAAAGUGGUGGACCCUCACACCGGCGACAAGAAAUCUCAGCACGAGUCUCGUGACGGUCACGUCGUGAAGGGCGUGUACAGUCUGCAUCAACCCGACGGCACCGUCAGGAUCGUCGAGUACCACGCUGACAAGAAGACCGGAUUCAACGCCAACGUUAAGAUCGAGGGUCACGCCGUGCACAUUGUUCCUGAACACCACCACCACCACUGAUUCUUUAGAUUUGUCUAAAUUUUACUGUUAUGUCUAAGUCUGUUAUGUGUUUCGUUAAUAUGUUAAAUAUUUAAUAAACAAUAGUCAUUUUACUUA